AUGAAGGACGGCAAGAGCCAGCGAGACCGGGAGAGCCGGCAAAGGCACUGUCUCGGGGACUUGGUGACAGUCGCGGCGAUGGUGGUGGAGAAGCAGGAGCACCUCAGUCCGCAAGCUGAGUGGCCUGCCCUCCGCCAUCCAGAUGUCCCCCGUGGUGGCCGCUCCCUUCCCACCGACAAGCCUGGCCGCCCUGGCCACCACAGGGUCCGAGCCCGGGUGGUUAGCCGGUCCCCAGUCAAAAAGAAAAGCAAGUCUUCAGGGAGAGGUAAGUCUCCCGGGAGUAGAAGAAGCCGGAGUCCCCACCACUCAGCAGUCACUGUGAAGCAGGAACGUGAGGACCACCCCCGAAGAGGACGGUGGGAUGGGCAGCACCGGGAACCCGCAGAACAGGAGCACAGGAGAGCUAGGGACAGUGACCCGGACAGACGGCACGGCCAUUCCCACCGAAGGACAGCCUCGAAAAAGAGGCCCGGGCGCGGGCAGGUGCAGGAUCGUGACAUGCAGACCCCACAAGCUCAGGAGGAAGAGCGGGAGUGGUGUCACGCAACACGCCAGGAGCAUUGCCAGAAGAAGGAAGCUCGUGGGACACGUGAUGACUCUCCGGAGGUGUCCCCUCCACCUGGUGGCAACAAUAAAGAAAAAGAGGUGCCCACUGAAGAAAAACCCAGGUCUGAGCUGUCUGGGGCACUUCUUGAAGACACCAACACGUUCAGGGGUGUAGUCAUUAAGUAUAGCGAGCCCCCGGAAGCACGUAUCCCCAAAAGACGGUGGCGGCUCUACCCCUUUAAACACGAUGAGGUUCUUCCCGUCCUGUGUGUCCAUCGACAAAGCGCCUACCUGCUGGGUCGACAUCGCCGCGUCGCAGACAUUCCACUUGACCAUCCCUCCUGCUCGAAGCAGCACGCGGUCUUCCAGUGUCGCCUUGUGCAUUACACCCGUGCUGAUGGCACUGCUGGCUGGGGGGUGAAGCCCUACAUUAUUGACCUCGGCUCAGGAAACGGAACAUUCUUGAACAAUAAACGUAUUGAGCCACAGAGGUACUAUGAGCUGAAAGAAAAGGAUGUGCUUAGAUUUGGGUUCAGUAGCCGGGAGUAUGUCUUACUCCAUGAGUCAUCGGACACUUCUGAGGUGGACAGAAAAGAGGAGGACGUCUGCGAGGAGCAGUAA